AUGGCAAGGAGACGCAAACCAGUAACGCCGGCGACUGAGGGCACAACUCCGGUGAACUCAACAAUGCAAAAUUUCACUCCAUUAACGUUUGGAAGCUUUCUACCACCUAAAUUCCACCAAAUUCUAGAAGAAAAGGAGCUAAGUGAGGACGAAGAAGGAAAUAGUAUGCAAUGGAACAGUAAAAUUGCUGUGACUGCAAAGGAAGCUCAGAAAUCUAAGGAACAACUGCCAACCAGUCCAAAACGACUUCAAUUCUCUGAGGCGGGAUCUUCACAGCCAUCCCCAGAUCUAGAUCUAACAGAUAAGACAGAGAUGGCAAAGGAGCUGAGGAAGCAAAAUCGGAACUCUCAGAUGGGAAUGAAGCUGGAGUACAUUCAGCCAAGCCAUAGAGAUGGUAAGAUUGUCAUUCAAAUUGAGGAAAACGAUGUAAAUGAGCUACAGGAACAUUGGGCAACUGCUUUAAUUGGAUAUGUACUUGGGGACACUCCAUAUGAGAAAUCUAUGGAGAGUUAUAUUGAAUCAGUCUGGGAUUUUGUUACUAAACCUCAGAUCUUGUAUCAUCAAGAUGGAUAUUAUGUGUUUCGAUUCACAACGAUGGAGAACUGGGAGAGAGAUUUUCACUUUGAUCCCAAAUGCAUUACUACUAUCCCCUUGUGGAUUCACUUACCUAGUUUAUCAGCUGGAUACUGGACUGCUGAUGCACUAAGCAAGGUGGCAAGUGCAGUUGGAUUACCAUUGUAUACAGAUAAGUUCACAGCUGAAUUGAACAAAAUCUCCUAUGCUCGGAAAUUUGAUAUUACAAAGCCAUUAGUGGAGAAGAUUGAGAUAGUUACCCCCACUGAAACCAGACAACAGGAGAUAGUGUAUGAAUGGAGGCCAAAGUUCUGCAAUGAUUGCUUACACUUUGGUCAUGAUAGUUUUGAAUGCUGGAACUCAACUAAACAGAAGGAGGAUGCAGAAUUCAAGGUUCCAAAAAGAAGAAAUAGGGGCAGGGGAAGGAAAGUCAUUCAGGAAUGGAAGCCUAAACCACAGCAGGGACAGGAGGAGGGACAAGGAGAGGAAAAUAAAACAUAUCCUCCAGCUACCAAAGAUAGGUAG